AUUCGUUGUUGUGCAACUUUACUUGUCUGGUUAACCUCAAUCGCUGCCUUCUGCAAUAUCGGUAACGGACAGAGUCUCAAACAUGACAUCAGAGAGGCCCGUGGUGAUCUUCAGCAGGAGCUCCUGCUGCAUGUGCCACACCAUGAAGGAGCUCUUCAUCACCAAGUAUGGGGUGACAGUCCACGAGGUGGAUGAGAUCCCGAGAGGGAGGGGAAUUGAGCAAGCUCUUCUCAGGCUUGGGUGUAGCCCGACCAUGCCGGCGGCGUUCAUCGUCGGUGAACUGGUGGGUGGAGCCAACAGGGUGAUGAGCCUCCAUCUCAACGGCUCCUUAAAAUCAAUGCUCUAGCACGCUGGAGCAAUCUGGGUUUAAUGCAUGAAUCACUAACUCAAUUAGCAUCAGGCGCACCUUAAUAAAUGUUUUGAGUUUAACAUAUAUAUAUAUAUACACAUAUAUGUAUUAAACUAUAUAUAGAGCUGAUCACUACAAUACUCCU